AUGAAUCCCAUUGUUCCUGCCCAGGCAGUUGCUGGCGGCAACGUACGGACGUGCCCCGACUGCAACGCCAAGUAUAAUAUCGUCGACCAGAAACUCCACGAGGAGACGUGCGACAAUGAUCGGGAGGUCCCAGCAUUGAUAACCGUUGUCUCGGUCCAAAAGGUGUUGAUGCGAAAUAAGUUUAACAACCAUAUGACUGUUGUAAAAGAAUACGUCGAGGUCCUCCAAGUGUAG